CUCGAACAGAGGGACCGUCCCCAGCUCUAAUAGCCCAUGCAUGCCCUGGCUGCCAAAAGCAGCGUCAACUUGCCCGCCAAUCUUAUCGGCGCUACAGGUCUCAACAGAGUCCAUCCCUCUGGAUGGGAGAUCUGCCGCGAGCUUGUCUUUGCACACUUAGCAGGCGGUUCAAGAAUAUCUGGAAGAGCACGAUAUCCGACUUCAUCAACACCCACACUUUCCCAAAUCUCGUCUCUUAUCGGUGUCGCGGGGAUGCGGCACGCAUCGCGGCAGGCACAGCUGGCGACUCGCUCCAUCUCCCGCCAGCACCCACACUCCUCCACCACACGAUGGAAUCAUCUCCAGGCCCGAUAUGACCACGAUGCCGCGACAGGCGGAGUCACGCCGCCGCUGCCGCUCGCCUGCCCCAAGUUGCCCUUCCGCUUCGACACGGGCUUCUCCCUCUUCGCCAAACGCCCGCCGCGGCCCUUCCCGCCGCCAUUCCUCUCCCCGCCAUCGACGUCAUUCACAGACCCACUCAGCACGCAUCACCGCAGUCGUGACAAGCGGUCCGCCUUUGUCGACGGCGAGUUGAUCCGCGGCUGGACCAACGGCGACGACGCGGUGUAUGCCAGCGAGAACUUUAUAUGCGCAAACGACGGGGUAGGGGCCUGGUCGGCGCGGCCAAGAGGACAUGCCGGGCUGUGGUCGAGGUUAAUAUUGCACUUCUGGGUGUCCGCCAUGCAGGAGGAUUUCAUGCGCCCUAGGCCGCCAGAUCAGCCAUACCACCCCGAGCCGGUGCAAUACCUGCAGACAGCCUACGAGCGAACGGUCCAGGCGACAUCCGGGCCGAACGAGUGUCAGGGCACAACGACGGCGGCAGGCGCGCAGUUGUUCUACAGGGACGACCCGAGCGACCCGUCCUCGCCUUCACAACCUUUGGUGUUCGUCACAAAUCUCGGCGACUCGCAGGUCAUGGUUUUGCGCCCGUCGUCAAGGAAGAUGAUCUACAAGUCUACUGAGCAGUGGCAUUGGUUCGACUGCCCGCGGCAACUGGGCACCAACAGCCCCGACACGCCUUUGCAGAAUGCAGUGGUGGAUGCCGUGGAGGCACAGGAAGGCGACAUUGUGCUGGCCAUGUCGGACGGCGUGAUUGACAAUCUCUGGUCGCACGAGAUUGUCGAGAACGUCUGCAAAAGCAUGGAGAGGUGGCAGGCGGGUAGUGUUGGGCCCCGGCUAGACGAGGACGAGAACGGCGGCAUGGCGUUCGUGGCCGAGGAGCUCGUCAAUGCUGCCAAGCAGAUUGCUCUGGAUCCAUUCGCGGAGAGUCCGUUCAUGGAGCAUGCCAUCGAGGAAGGGCUGGCGAGCGAAGGAGGCAAGCUCGACGAUAUUAGUGUGGUGGCUGCUAUCUGUCGACGGAACGCGAAGUGAGGAGCAGCAUGUGUCUCCGGCCAGCAAAGUACAGGGAUAAUCAGUCCGGAGUAUCUGGUCCAUUUUCAAAUAGCGGGUUUGGGUUCCUGAUUGGCAUGGUGUUUGGCGCAACGAGACAUUACUUUAUACUUAGUAUGAUACACACCACAGAGGGAUCAAGCUAUAGGCGGUGCAUGAUGAGAUACAUAAUAUGGACUGUCCAGGCGUAUUGCAGCAUGCUAGGCACAACGUUGUCCUCGCUUGAAGGAAAUGACCAAAUCCCAAUGACUUGCUUUCUAGUGAUGCCGUGCUCCAUCGAAGAAGGCUGCGUGGGGCGGCCGCUCAGCAAGUGG